AUGGGCCAGCAAAACAAACGUUCAAGCCUUUCAUUGGAUGAGAAGGCUUUAAAUCUCUUCAAUGUUGGUAUCGAUACCAGUAGCAAGUUGCAAGAGAAGCGAAUACAAUCAACUCCAACACCAACAGACUACCAACAAGAAGGAAGAAGACGGUCCAAAUCGAGUCUUCCUGCUAUUACUUUGACUAAAACACAAGAGAAACAACCACAAUUGAAAGGAUACAUGAAAGGCAGAAGACCUAGAAAGGAUUCACCUGAAGGAGAAGCAGAUCAAGCCAAUAUGGAUGACACUGGUAGCAACAAUAACAACUCAACCACUACUACUACUACUACGAUCCAACAACAACAACCCAAGAAGAGAUCCACCGUUCAUAAACUCUUCAAGAAGAACAAGCCUAGCUCCACUCCCUCUCCAUCCCUCCCUUCCGCUCUAGACGAAUUGCCAAAGAACAAACAACAACAACGAGAAUAUGUCAUGGGAUCCUACAUUCAUCCUCCACAAAAUGGUGCAUUGAGAAGAGGAGGUGCUCAAGCAAGCAAGAAACCAACACCACAAUCUGUCUUGGAAUACAAUUCUGAGCGAUUGAGAAGCAAGUCGGCUCCAGUCAUUUACUCGACGGAUAAGAUUCAAGUGGUUGGAGGUCACUUGCAACGAAGAGAUGCAAUCAAUGAUCCUCUUCCAGAUGUAUAUAUCACCAUUACCCCUCCACUUCCAGAAGAGAAUACACUCACCAAAAACAAGUAUCAAAGUCCAUAUAUUGUAGUCAUCCCUGACGAUGAUGAAGCUUCCUCGCCAUCCUCCACCUCCUCUUCUUCAACGACUUCCUCUAAGAGUUUGGAUGAAGAGCCUUACCUGAUUGUCCUCGAUGAAUACAUUACCUACGUGGAGAGACCAUUAACCAAGAAGGUUGGUCCAAUCAUGAAAAAGAAGAAGGAAAAGCUCAGAGAAAUGGUUCAAUUGUAUUACCUCCAGAGAGAAGAGCUGGUCGCCAAGACAAGGAGAGACUUGAUGCCAAGAAGUGGAAGAAGAAGGUAA